AUGAAGCAUGGUAUAGUGUAUGCUGCUGAUGGUUACAGAGAAGGUAAUGGGGUUGAAAUCGUAUCAAUGGAUCCAGAUUAUGUCCUAGAUGAAGGCGAAGAUAGUGGACUGAUAGAAGUAGAAGUCGAUGCUGAGUCAGAACCCUCUACUGAGGAGGAUAGAUUUGAUGACAGUGCUGAUGAUGGUGAACAUGAGGAUUACUUUGGGUUCGAUGUAGAGGAUGGUGUUGAUGGUGGACAAUCAAAUGCGUUUGGUGGGUUUAAUGGCCCGCUAAAUCAAGAAGGCAUAACAGAUAAGGGUGCUGAGGAUAAUGAAGCUGCUGGAGAGAUGGAUGAAGAAAUUGGAGACAUUUCGGAUGGUUAUGAAACUGAAGACAUAGAUAGUUACGAGGGAGAUUCUGAUGACAUGAUUAAGAAAAAAAGGUUUCCUAAGUAUGAUGAGGCAGAAAUGUGUAGAGAAUAUGAGUUUAAGGUUGGGUUGGAGUUCAAAACACUGUCCCAGUUUAAAGAUGCAAUUAAAGAGCAUGUCUUAUUGAAUGGGAGAGACGUAAGGAUAAAAACCUUGAAGGGCAAGCAUACCUGCGGGAGAAGUUAUAGUGGUAGGCUUGCUUCUAGUGAGUGGAUAUCAAAAAAGAUUGUCAACAACAUUAGUCGUGGAGAAGAUAUGCGGCUGGCCACUAUUAUUCAAACAAUUCAGGACAAGUAUAUGGCAAAUGUUAGUGUUGGAAAGGCUUACUGGGCAAGGAGAAAAGCAAGGGAAGAAGUACAUGGAAGGGCCAUACUACAAUAUGCCAAAUUGAGGAAAUAUUGUGCUGAGAUAUUAAGAGUAAAUCCGGGGUCCAAGCUUACUAUUGUUGUGGAUAGGCCAUCUUUAACACACCAACCGCGAUUCAUGAGGAUGUACAUGUGCUUUGAAUCGGUGAAGCAGGGCUUCUUGGCUGGUUGUAGGCCGAUCAUAGGAGUGGACGGGUGUCACUUGAAAGGGGACCAUGGUCAACAGCUACUAGUUGCAGUAGGGAGGGAUCCUAAUGACAAUUAUUUUUCAAUUGCGGUUGCAGCAGUGGAGCCGGAAACAAAGGACAGCUGGGGAUGGAUCCUUGAUUUAUUGCUGGAUGAUAUCAGUGAAUCAAGAAGAUGGGUAUUCAUGUCGGAUCAACAAAAAGUAAGGAUAAUAUGA